UUCCAAGAUUAUCACAAGGAAUUGCUUUCAUAUGCCAUAAAAGAAGAAAUAAGCUGAAUAUGGCCUGCCAAAGAAGGUUACAGUUUUACAGCCCCUCCCACUGAAGCUCUUAAGUCACUCAUUUACAUUAACUUUGGAUUAUCACUCACAGAUUGAAAGCAAAACACUCAUCACACACUCUGGGCUUGUGGUUCCACUUGUAUGUGUGUUUCUAAAUCAAUGAUGAGGGUAUCAGAACCAAUAUUAGACAUGGACAUGGCAAAUUACAGUGAAGUUUUGGAUCCAACUUACACGACUUUGGAGUUUGAAACUAUGCAGAUUCUGUAUAAUUCAAAUGAUAGUUCUGCCCCAGAGACAAGUAUGAAUACCGCAGACAACGGUGUCAACUGUCUGUGUGCCAUCUGUGGGGACAGAGCAACAGGAAAACACUAUGGGGCAUCGAGCUGUGACGGGUGCAAGGGUUUCUUCAGACGCAGCAUUCGCAAGAGUCACAUUUAUUCUUGCAGGUUCAGUCGACAAUGUGUUGUUGACAAGGACAAAAGGAAUCAAUGUAGAUAUUGUCGAUUAAGAAAGUGUUUUAGAGCGGGAAUGAAAAAAGAAGCUGUGCAGAAUGAACGUGAUAGAAUAAGCACCCGAAGAAGCACAUUUGAUGGCAGCAACAUCCCCUCCAUUAACACCCUGGCACAAGCUGAAGUUCGGUCUCGCCAGAUCUCAGUCACAAGCCCUGGGUCAAGCACUGACAUAAAUGUUAAGAAAAUUGCAAGUAUUGGUGAUGUCUGUGAAUCAAUGAAACAGCAGCUCUUAGUCUUGGUGGAAUGGGCUAAAUAUAUUCCUGCCUUCUGUGAAUUACCAUUGGAUGAUCAGGUGGCAUUGUUGAGAGCUCACGCAGGGGAACACUUACUGCUUGGAGCUACAAAGAGAUCCAUGAUGUAUAAAGAUAUUUUGCUUUUGGGAAACAACUACGUUAUUCACCGCAACAGCUGUGAAGUUGAGAUUAGCCGUGUGGCCAAUCGGGUUCUAGAUGAGCUGGUUAGACCGUUUCAAGAAAUCCAGAUUGAUGACAAUGAGUACGCUUGUUUAAAGGCAAUUGUAUUUUUUGAUCCAGAUGCAAAAGGACUAAGCGAUCCAAUAAAAAUUAAGAACAUGCGAUUCCAAGUGCAGAUUGGUUUGGAGGACUACAUCAAUGAUCGGCAGUAUGACUCCCGGGGGAGGUUUGGAGAGUUGCUUCUGCUCCUGCCCACACUGCAGAGCAUCACUUGGCAAAUGAUUGAGCAAAUACAGUUCGCUAAACUUUUUGGGAUGGUUAAAAUUGACAACUUACUUCAGGAAAUGUUACUAGGUGGGGCUUCCAAUGAUAGUAGUCAUCUCCAUCAUCCAAUGCAUCCACAUUUGUCUCAGGAUCCAUUAACCGGACAAACUAUACUUUUAGGUCCCAUGUCAACACUGGUUCAUGCAGACCAGAUCUCAACUCCUGAAACUCCUCUCCCUUCCCCACCACAAGGCUCUGGGCAAGAACAGUACAAAAUAGCUGCAAACCAAGCAUCAGUCAUUUCACACCAGCAUCUCUCCAAACAAAAGCAAUUGUGAAAAUGUGUUUACUUCAGAAUGGCACUACAUAAAUGUGAAAAGUUGUUGGUCUUGAAAUAUCUCAGGAUAGUACUUUUGGCAAACUCUUAGCCAAGGCUUCUUCAUGGUGCUGUUAGAAGAUGGUGUCCUAUUUUCUUGUUUAUAUGUUCAUUCUGUUUGUUGUUGCUACUAUGUAAAACUUUCACCUGCAACCAAUGUAUAGCUGAGUUUGAAGAUGUUUAUUUAGGGUAUUUUUUCCAACUGCUCCUACACUGUGCCUGAACCAACUGAAUCUUAUGUAUGACUUUCAUUUGUUUCAUUAAUGUUAAUUUAAAUCUGUAAAUAAUUGCUUCAUUGUGAUGUGAUGUAGAACAAAGUGUUGAUAUUUGACUGAGAAUAGUAGUUCAGAACCAGUUUAAUAUAAAAUGAGCUAAGUUUUUAAAAAUAAAUUAUAAACUUGCAAAUUAGAAAAAUAAAGCAGUUCCUGUAGAAUAGGCUGUAUCUUUUUCAAGAAGAAUUUUUUAUGGACAUUCUGUGGCAAAGAAUUAACUCUUUGUUUUACAGUUAAAUAUUCCUAUCUUAAGAUUAGAAAAUUAUAAAAAGCCAUUCCAAGGAUGACUGGAUAUUUUUUGAAAUCUGACUUUAUUUGAAGAUGUGUGUUAAGCUAAAACAUGUUGGGUUUAUCAGUUAGGAUACAGGGUAAAUUGUAACAAAGAAACCCCUAAAACAGUGACUCAACCAAUAGAGGCAUCUAUUUAUUUUUUCUGAUUUAGAAAUAGUUAUCCAUUGACUAGAAAUUAGCAUAUACCCACAGCUGGUCCCCAGAGUGGCCAGGAGAGUUAUCUGUAGGUGCAAAGCCUGUGUCAGCCAAAGCCAUGCCACUCUGAGUAAACUGAUUCUGUGGACAAGUUAGCCAUCUACCACCCUUUUUCCUCAUUUAGUCCUUACAAUAACACUUUAGGGAAGAUAUCAUCAUCUCUCUUUUAUAAGUAAGGGAAACUUUAGCUUGCGGGUUUAAGGAACAUAACCAAAGUUCAUAAACGUAACGAGUAAGAGAACCACAUUCAAGCCCAGCUCUAGUUGACUUGAAUGAAUCUUUACUGUGGAAUGAAAAUGUGAACUUCUUCCUCAUAGUGGGCUUUUUAAAUAUAUGCAGUUGAGUGAUGAUUGGAUACUAUUCAUCAUGUUGCCUAUCAUAUAUAUUUACAGAUAAGCACUGAGUGUAAAAUUGUUGUGGCUUGAAUAAAAAACUCCUUUUGUAGUUUUAACAAGUCAUUAGAAAAAAUAAAAGAUUCACCAGAUAGAUUUUGAUGAAAACAAAAACAAAGCAAAAUAACUGGCUUAGCAGAUUUUUUAAAAUCCAGCAGCCCAGGGAUGUAUUGAAUGUCAAGUUCUAGACUGAGGAGUACAGUUCAUUGGAGACCUAAACUCUCUGAUAUCACCUAAAGCUGGAAUUUAUUUUAAAACAAAUUAAGCAUGGGCCACCUCAGGAGGCAGUGAUUCCUCUCUGGUUGAGGAGAAGGAAAAUUGGAAAAACUGGUAGAGUAAUUAUCAAUAAUAUAUUUUUUAAAAGAGGAUCCCAAGUUGUAACAGAUUAAAUUAAAUAAUCUGUCUCAGGACUUUUAAAAAUAGCUAGAUUAUGAUGUCAUAUCUCCCACUUACCCUAUAAGUAAAAAGGCUAUAGUAAUAUUAAGUAACUUAUUGGUUUGUAAAGUAAAAUUGAACUCUUAAAGUAGAAAAAUGAUCAUUAAAAAGCUAUCAUUGAUUUGAUAUGUUUAAUAUAAUUCCUUCAAGAACUAGUACCCCUGUGAAACUGUAAAACAUAUCAGGUAGGGGGAAUUUUUUAACUUUUAUUUUUUGAAAAUUUACUGUAGUUUCUAUUUCAUAAAUAAGAAUGUUAUCUUUUAUAGAUUUUCAUUUACUUUUUUUGGGAGGUUCCCUUAGAAGAUAUUAAAAAAAACAUACUGCCUUGGUCUGUGAAGGCUGCUGUAACAAAAUACAAUGAACUAGGUAGCUUAUAAAAAACAGAAAUUUAUUGCUCACUGUUCUCAAUGGUGGGAAGUCCAAGAUUAAGGAAUCAACAAAUUAGGCCUCUGGAUCAUACACGGCAACUUCUAGCCUGUGUCCUUACACAUGAAAAGAAGAAGUUAGUUCUCUCAGGUUUCCUUAAUAAAGGCACUAAUCCUCAUGACUGAAUCACCCCCCAAACGCCCCACCUCUUAAUACCAUCACUCUGGGGACUAGGUGUCAGCACAUGAAUUUUGGAAAACACAAAGGUUCAGAAAAUAGCAAAUACCUUUAAAGUAUAAAAGAUAAAAUUUAUUUUUAGUGAAACUUGUAAUUUAUUCAUGUAUAUUUACUAAACAGCUAGGUCUCUGAAAUUAUUAGUGAUGAUUCUGCUUCAAUAACUAUGGUCAGGGAAUUUAAAAUAUUAUAUUUUUAUAUAUUGAACUGCCAAAGAUGCUGGAAAAAAGAAACUGAUGUUUUCAGCAUAUAUUCAAAACAUUGAUAAGGGAAGUUAUUGCUUUUAUAUAGUAUACAACUUUUUUUUCAGGUAAUAGAAAUGGAUAAUUUAUUGUGAAAUGACAAUUCAUUUUAUAAAUAUAAAAUUAUUUUUAUAAAUUUUACUGUUGGAAAUCAAAAAUUAGUAGAUUUUUUACAAUGUUAAAGUGAGAUUAAAGUAUUUCUAAACUGUGACACCAUGUUUAUUUCAUUAAACUUUCUAAAUAAAAACUGAGAAAAAAAAAUCACUG